AUGAAUAACUCGAUUCGUGACUACAGACAGUCAUUCCAUUUAAUAAUAGUCGAUGAUUGCGAACGUUUACAAAAUAUUUUGAAUGAAUUUUCCGUGAAAGACUUCCAUUUGGCCCAAAGAUUUUUACUGGUCGCCACUGAAGAUGUGCAUAAUGCUACGGAAAGCUUAAACACGAUCUCCGCAGUUCUAUGGAAUAAUGGUUUACUCAAUUCGAAUAUUUUAAUCCAAGAUAAACAUUGGUCGCUCAAUACAUUUUUGCCUUUCCAACAUGACUGCUCCACGAUGUCUCGUUUGCAAAUUACAACAUUCACACCUCACAACUUCACCCGAAAUAUGAGCUCAUCGAUCAACGAGUUAUUUCCACAAAAAUGGCGUAACUUUAACAAAUGCCCUGUAUACAUCGCAGCGGCUCAUACUAAACCGUUUGUUAUUGUCCACAAUAACUCUGGUGAAGAUAUCCGAAUAGAAGGCAUUGAUAUUUUACUGGUUGAACACAUUGCAAAGGUCAUGGAUCGUGAGGUGAAUUUGACAAUUGGUGGUCUUAUACUCACCAAGGAUCGACUGGCAUUUUUAAAGCCUAGCCACCCAAUUAUGCAGACAUCAUUUGGUUUUGCAUUUAGAAGGGAAGAUUUCUUCAUGAUAAUGUCUACUUUUGCGGCCCCGUUUCGAACUCAUAUGUGGAUCAUAAUAUGUAUCUUCGCAUCGGUUAUGACUGUUCUAAUUUUGUUAUCGAAAAGUUUACCACGGAAAUGGCGUCAUUUUUAUAUUGGCGGUCGAAUGAACCGAUCACCAAUACUGAACAUGUGGCUUUUGAUACUGGGCAAAUCUAUCGCCAAUCCGCGGAUUGCCAAUGGUCUGAAUUUUAGCAAUUUUUCACGCACUCUAGCCAUUUUUCGGAUACUUUUGUGGUUCGUAAUUCGAAGCUGUUACGAGGCGGCUUUGUUCAAUAAACUACAAAGUAAUUAUCCUGUGUCUGGUUUUGAUACCGUUGAAAAGGUUCAAUCGUCCGACUGCAAAAUUGUCAGUGUUGCUUCAGCUGUUCCAUUGAUGCAAAGCCUAAUCGCAUCAGAACGGAUAGUAGUAAUUAAUACAGAGCAAACGGCUGCUUUGAAUUAUUACUAUGAUCAUAAUGACGAGAUUAAUGGUGUUGUUCUUGUGGCUGAUUUGGCUUGCAAAUAUUUUAAUUUGUUAAAUUCACCACGAAAACGUUUGACUUUUACAAAAGAUUCGUUAUUCAUUUACACUCCUGUGGUGUAUUUCCAUAAGCAAUCCAUCAUGCACAACAUAUUCAAUGAAGAAAUUCUGGAAAUUCGAGAGGCCGGUUUAAUAAAUUUCUGGACUAAAAAAUACGUCGAUAAUCGAAGGCCUAAUUCGAAUCAGGGGACACGAACAAAACUUCAAAUCGAUCAUGUAGUGGCCGUUCUUCACAUUUGUAGCACCAUGUAUGCCAUUAGCUUCGUUGUGUUCAUAAUGGAAGUCAUCAGUGUAAAGUGUCGUCGUAUCAAAUACGUUCUUGAUUACUUGACAUUCUAA